AUGAAUAAUUUGGAAAAUACCAAAAGAGAAUUACAUGACGGUAAACGAGAAGAACAUAAAUCAAUUAAUAAUGGAAUAAAACUAAAUGAAAAUGGAAAAAAUCUCGAUGGAAAACGAAUUGUUAGCCUCGACAACCAGUUGUCUUCUUCUCCUUCUCCUGAAAAAGAUUCAAAAAUUGAAUCCAAUGUUGAAGAUGAUCAUUCAUAUUUAAUUAAUCAUACAAAACAAGGCAUAAACACAGAUGAAAUAUCAACUUCUUAUGCACACAAUCAAGUUUCUCUCGGUGAAGACCAAGGAUCAGUAUUAAAAUCAGGAAUAAAAUAUUUGAUCGAUCCUAAUGACAAAAUUAGUUCGAAAGUCCUCAAAAAAUCAUCUGAAUCUAUUCAAACAACACCUACAGAAACUAAAGAAUUUCUAUCAGAUACAUUAAAAGAAGAAACAAUAAAAUCAUCUAUUAAAUCUAAAUUUGAAACACCUAGUACAUUAAUAUUUCAUGAAAAAUUAAAUAAUUGGCUUGGUGAAGCUAAAAAUAUUUGGCAUCAAACUAAACAAUUUUUUUCUUUAAAAACUACACAUAAAAAAUAUUUAUCUCGACAUAAUGUUAGUUCAAUCUAUACAGCUUAUACCGAUCUUAAUUGUUAUGAUUAUACAAAAAUAACUUAUACUUAUUUCUUACCUAAACAAAAAUAUAUAAUUUUUCUUGAUACUUAUCGUCGUCGUUCACCAUUUCCUAUUUAUUUAUCUAUAUUAAAAUCUAAUGGACCUCAAUGUUAUCGUCAUUAUCCAAAUUCAUCAUGUGCAAUUAGUUCAAAAUUAGUUUUAUCAGAUUUAAUAGAAAAAUUAUAUCAUUUUACAAAAUUUUCAAUGAUUAUUAUUAUACCGAUUAUUAUUUUAAUAAUUAUCCUUAAAAAUUUAAAACCUAAUCAAUAUUUAAAAAAAAAUAAACAAGUAUCGAAUGAAAAUCAACAAAUUAUAUCAAAUAAAAUCGAAGAUUCAUCAUCACAAAAAAUAGAUUCAAAUAUAAAUAAUAAUCAUAUAUUAGAUGAAAAACUUAAAAAAGAAUUAAAUACAUGGCUUGAACAUGAAAAAAAUGAUGGAUAUCAAAAUCUUAGUGAAGCAUGUCGAAUAGCAUUAAAUAAUACAUUUUCAAAAAACAACGUAAUAUUAUUUGAAUCAAAUAUUUUUUUAAAAUUUUAUUUAUCUAUUUAUUCUUUUAAUAAAUAUUUAUUUUUAAAAAUACAAAAUAAAUUUUUUCAAUCAAAAUCAUCAUUAUCUAUUUUAAAUUGGUUAUUAAAUUCUCCUAAUCAUAUUCAAAAUUGUUUUUUUAAUGAGUUUCUAUAUUCAUUAAAUCGAAUAUUUAUUUAUAAAAAGGAACAAUUGAACAUAGAAACAUUACAAUUUGCUAAUGCAAACAUUCAUGAUGUUUCUCAAGCAUCAGUUGAAACGAUUGUCAUCAAUGCAGAACUUGACAUUGUUCAUUUAAUUUUUAAUAUUGUUAAUACAACAAAAGGUCAACAUUAUUCGAUUGAAAUACCAAAAUUAACUGGUGAACUUCAAAUAUUUUUAACUAAUUAUAUUAAUAAAUAUUCAAUUGAAGUAAAAUUUAAACAAAUUCAAAUUGAUCAUGCUGAAAUUAUUGAUCCGAAAAAUAACUUAUCAUCUGAUGAAAAAGAGUCAAUUAUUAAAUUAUUUAAAGAAACAAUUCAACAAACUGUUGUUCAAUGUUGUUGUCAUCUAUCAUCAGAUGAUAACAAACAAACAAAUAUUAUUAAUGAAUCGAAGAUUGAAUCAUCAUUUAAACCAAUUACACCUGAACCUUCUAAUGUUUAUCAGUCAUAUGAAACUUCUCUUUCAUCAUCAAUUAGUGAAAACAAUCCACAAGUAUUACCUGAAAAACAAGCAAAAAAAUUACUUGUUCGUAUUGUUAAAGCUGUUAAAUUACACGAUAUUGAACAACCAUUUUGUAUUGUUGAAUUAAAUCAACCUCGACAAACUCAUCAAACAAGUAUUGCAAAAAAUAGUGUUAAUCCUUUUUGGGAUGAAUCUUUUGCAUUUGAAAUUAAUGAUAAAAGUAAUCAAAUACAUUUAAAAAUUAUCGAUCGUAAAAAACCAAAUAAAAGACAUAAUAAUCAAAUCGUUGAUAAAAUUUACGCUGAUGUGACUAUUCCAUUUUCUUAUAUAACAAGUACAAUUUAUAAACAAGAUGUACGAAUAACACCUCAACAUCCUGAUUCAAUUGUUCGGAUCGAGUUCGAAAUGGUGCGCAGUCGAAGUGAAACAAAUUUAAAUCGAAUAUUUAUCGAUUUAUGUACAAGUCCUGAUGUACGUAGUAAAUUUGGUCAUCAACGUAAUAUUCAACAACAAUCUAAUCGACCUUUACCAAGUUUAAAACCAAUUAAAUCAAAUUCAUGUACAAAUAUAAAUGAAUUGUCUUCUAAUUUAAUUGCAUCAUCAUCAAUUGAGAAUAACGAAAGGGAACAAGCAGAUACAUUAAAUCUAACAACUGUUCAAGCAACAUCCCAUUUAGAAAAUCAAUCGAUUGAAUCUUCACGAUUAACAACUACAUCAUUAGUACCUAUGGAAUCAACAGGUUUUGCUGUACAAACAACUCCAUGUUCAAAUCAUCAUUCAUUAGCAUUAUUUGAAACAUUAUCAAUAAGUCAUUUGAAAAAACCUUCGUUACAUAGAGAAAUUUCUAAAGAAGUUAAAACAAAAAUUUCAUCAUUACCAUCAAAUUCAUCAAUUGUAUCACAUGAUCGAAAACAUCAAGAUUUUCUAAAUCGUUUACAAAAUCAACCAAAUAAUAUUCAACAUAGUUAUCAACGAUCACCAUCUGAUGAAAUCAUAGCAUUACAAUAUAAAGAUAAUAGUUAUACGAAUAAUAGUCUUAAUGUUGCAUCAAAUUUGUCUCCACAAACAAUAUCUAAUUCAACAAUUGAUUCAUGUUCAACAUUAACACCAUUAUCAUCACAUAUUGAUGAUAAUCAACAUGAUAAAUCUCGAAAAUCACGAUCACUUAUGGGUUCAUUUCGACGUUCAAUAUUACAUCGACGAAAAAAAAAUAAAAAAAAUCAACAAAAUGAAAAUACUGAAAGUUCAACAUUGAAUACUACAAGAGAAAGUAGUGGUAUUCCACAUAGUAUAUCAGCAGAACCAUGUUUAUCUAUAAGUUCAACAGAUACACCAAAAUCACAACGACAUUCUUCAAUAUAUCGAUCAUUUAGAAAUAUAUUUCGAUCAAAAUCAAAUAAAAAAUCAUUUGAUACAAGUAGUACUAUUUUGGAACAUCCUGAAUCAGUGAUGACAUUAACACCAAAACCAAAAAAAAAAUCAUUAUUUCGUCGAUUUAAAUCAGAAAAAAAUAAACAAACUAAUGUAUCAACUAAUUCAUUAACCAGUGCUGAUUGUACAAGGUCAGAAUCUGUACGUAAUACACCUAUUCGAGCUAAUGUUGGUCAUCCGGUGACAAUAACAAAACCACUUGUUCAAUGA